AUGCUAGCAUUAUCCCCUCCUCCUAUGUUCUCACCCAUUGAAUGGCCCUUUGAGGAGCCCAAAAGCAAUAGCCAGAACUACUUAUACAAAGACACUGAGGCCUAUGAACAAUUUUACCAUCAGUUGUUUUCAUCUCAGACACUUGUUGGAGUCAAAAGAUCUACUGAUCAUUCAUCACCCAUAUGCAGCGACCCAACUAUGGUCAAGAAGCUUGAUCACAAUGCUAGUGAACGUGAUCGCCGCAAGAAGAUCAAUGCCUUAUAUUCUUCACUUCGUUCACUUAUUCCAGUGGCAGAUCAAAUGAGGAAGUUGAGCAUUCCAGCAACAAUUUCACGCGUCCUAAAUUACAUACCAGAUUUACAGCAGCAAGUGGAAGGACUAGCAAGGAAAAAGGAAGAGAUUUCAUUGAAAAUUUCUCAGCAAGGAAAUGCUGUGAUCAGUGAAGAAUCUAAAAGGAAGAUAGCCCAUUACAACUCUGAUUUUGUAGUUUCAGUAAGUAGGCUCAAUGAUAGUGAGGCUUCUAUUGAGAUUUCGUCUUAUAAGGUCCACAAGAUUCCACUAUCUGAGAUGUUGCUGUGUUUAGAAAAUGAUGGCCUUGUAAUGCUAAAUGCUUCUUCGUCUGAGACCUUUGGAGGGAGGAUCUUCUAUAACUUGCAUUUCCAGGUGGAUAACACUCACGGAUUAGAAUCCGAGAUUCUGAGUGAGAAGCUUUUGUCAAUAUUUGAGAAGAAGGAAGGGAAUUUUCCAGUUAAAUGAAAUUAAACUACAUAGUCUCUAAUUAUGAUUAUGAAAUGAUCUUAACAGCUCUGAUUCCUAAAUGUAUGUGCAUAUUUUGAAAGCAGGGAUUGUAUUUUGCAUGGGAGCAAUCACAUGUCCGCAAUAUGCGAAAGAGGGCAAUUCGUAUAUUUUUUAGGAGUUAAUAUGUGCAAUGUAAACAUAAAUGUUAGA